AUGGGGCGAUUUGCCAAUUCCGAUACCCGAGAUCCUGCCGUCAAUGUCACCAACUGGUUUCUCAUCGUUGUUGUGGUUUUGAGCGUCCUUAUUCGAUUGGGGACGAAGUACUGGAUCUUUCACAAAUUGACCAGCGAUGACUACCUGAUCAUCGCCUCUUUGGCAUUCUGCAUUGCACAAUCGGCGGCCAUCUCCACGGCGGUAUCACACGGCUAUGGCUAUCAUUUCGCGACAAUCUCCAGUCAAAAUUUUGAACAGGUGAUGAAAGUAGGUCGUCUCACAAUAUGCCGCCUACAUCCUGUAUAUCGCAAGCCUCUGCCUUUCCAAGCUAUCGCUCUCGACAUUCAUUCGCAGCCUAACUCCGGUGCACAAAGAUCAUUUCCAGGCAGCCGUUCUGCAGGGGCUGAUUGCGGUCUUGGGGGUGGUUGGCGUCCUUGGUACGGCCUUUCAAUGUCAUCUGCCCCGUCCAUGGGACUACUGGCAUGGGCGAUGCUUCAAUUUGGCCGCUUGGAACUACUUUCUCUGCGUGUCGAAUAUUGUUACGGACUGUCUGAUCAUUGCUCAGGCAUUGCUCUUGAUUGCCGGCAUCCAGGCAACGUGGAAGAAAAAGGCCGUGUUUGCCAGUAUAUUUCUAGCAAGACUCCUAUCGCCUUCUCCCGCGACGUACGCCAUUCCACCGAUCCUACAUACGAUUACUGCCCCAUUACGAUUGCGUCGCAGGUUGUACAAUGUGCGAGUAUCGUUACUGCGUGCUGGGGCCAACUGAAGCCUUUCCUCAAUCAGCUCAAGUCCAAUGGUCUGCGCAUUGAAGGGGUGCAAUAUCAAUAUUCGACGGGGAAGGGGCAAUCGUCGCGGUCGUACGGACGAUCCGGGACAAACCAUAGCCGGGAGGAGCAUCAUGAACUGGUCCCAGUCGCAUCCGGACAGAAUCUCACCACGGUGUCGGCGUCACCAGCGUGGGAUGCGGAUAGCCAAUCCAGCCAAACUGGCAUUAUCCGUGAGACACGGACAUGGGUUGUGACUGGCGAUGAAGGACAUCCGGAGCAUAGGUAG